AUGUCUUCAUUGUUUCAAAGAGUCGUCUUGUUGUGUGUGUUAACUUUGCUAUCAGUGCACAAUAUUCACGGGGUUCAUGAUAACUCUAUAGAUCUUUUUAGAACUCAUGUGAAUGUUGUUAACACUUUAGAAGAUAAUUUGGACUUAACUCUUCAUUGUAAAUCUAAAGAUGAUGAUCUCGGAGAACAUCUUCUACAUCAAAACGAUAGCUUUAGUUGGAGUUUUCGCCCUAAAUGGCCCAUUGGCACAACACUGUUCUUUUGUUCCUUUGCAUGGACUGGUGAAUUUCAUUAUUUUGAUAUAUUCAUAGAUGGUGAUAGCGGUAGAACUGAUUCUGAUGAUUGCAAUUGGAAUGUUCACAAAUCAGGACCAUGCAGAAUUCCAGAUCAUGGGGAACCUAUUUGCUUUCCAUGGAAUAAGGGUAUCAAAUAA